AUGAAGUGGACAGUCAAGUAUCAGGUUCAAGUUCUACCUGUUGGACUCUCUUCAUCACCUCCACCCUUCUCUUCUUCGUCGGCAGUCACAGCAUUCACCACCACCGGGCGCGCGUCAAGGAAGUUUCGUCAAAUCACUGUGAUUUUAACUUUAACAGAUAAUAAUCACAUGCUGGGUGCUGGAAUUUUUCUCCAGCAGAGGCCUCCGGUCCAAGCUUCUCCACCCUCUGCAGCCGCGCCUUCUCCACCAUCUCACCCUUCUCAUCACGACGAGGUUCGUACGAUCUUCAUUAUGGGUAUGCCUGAAGAUGUCAAAGAGAGAGAGUUGCAGAAUCUACUAAGAUGGCUUCCAGGUUUUGAAGCUUCGCAAGUGAGCUACAAGGGAGAAAAGCCUAAGGGUUUCGCUCUCUUCUCAAAUGCAGAAUUUGCAGUUGCUGCCAUGGAUGCCCUUCAGAAAAUUGUUUUUGAUGCUAAGUUGAAGUCCCUUCUGCACAUUGAGAUGACAAGGAAGAAUCUUGUUGUUAAAAGAGGAAUAGUUACAGUUUCUGAUGCUUUAGACAAGUAUGGAUGUGAUCUUGUUCCUCCAGUACUGCCAAUGCCAAAUUCAGCUUCUGUAGCAUCUCCUAGUAUUCAUGUGCCUGGUAAAGCUGGGUGUUGCGAUGAAAAAUCUGCAGUAGAUGGUGUCCACGAGGGAACCAAGGAGUCCACUACAAAGGGGUGCAGUAAUGACAAGUAUGGAUGCUACACGUUAUUUGUUGAAAAUUUACCAGAGAAGAUCUAUUGGAAAUGGUUUGGAUCUUUAUUUUGCUCCCACGAUCGGGUUCUUGAUACUUUUAUUCCAAAUAAAAGAAAUUCAAAAGGAGUUCGCUUUGGUUUCAUCCGCUUCGCAACAAUCGAAGAAGCAAGGAGAGAGAUCUCAAAAAUGAAAGGUUCUCAUAACGACGACAACAAAAUUGGUGUUUCUUUCGCUAAAUUCAAACCUCGACAUUUCUAUUGA